UUGAAGUGUUCCUCACUAACCCAUCUCAUUCACAACACAACACAACCAAAUCCAACAUGGUAGCCAUUCUGAAGAGACAAAGAGAAACCGAAGCCGAGGAGAGCAUCAUAAGACUGGCAGAAAGUCUCAUGCAACUGUCGCGAGUCCAACAAAAAAGCAAGCCUCUUCUCAAAACCUUUUCUCCAACGGAGUUCGAGUGCAAAACCUGUAACCGCAAGUUUCCAUCUUUUCAAGCCCUUGGUGGUCACAGGGCGAGCCACAAGAAGCCCAAGUUCGAAGGUGAAGAACUCAAAGAGGAGGCCAAGAAGGGUCUGAGUUUGGGGAACAAACCCAAAAUGCACGAGUGUUCCAUUUGCGGCAUGGAAUUCUCUCUGGGUCAGGCACUGGGGGGUCACAUGAGAAAACACAGGGGUGCCACCAGUGAGAAUAAUAACGAAGCGUUUUCUUCUUCUAUAAAGCAAGCAAUUUCAAAAGUUCCAGUUUUGAAACGAUCGAAUAGCAAGAGGGUCAUGUGCUUGGAGAUGGACCUGAAUUUAACGCCUUUGGAAAAUGACUUGAAGUUGUUGUUCGGAAACAAGGCUCCUAGAGUCGAUCUUUCUUUGUAGAGGAUUAUUAAUUAAUUCCUGUAUUCUUUGGAUUCAUUAUUAUUGUUUAAAAAAUUGUCAUUGACUUCUUUCAGUUCUUCGUGUAGAUCGAUUAGUUUUGGAAUUGAUUUCGUUGUAUAGUUGAUUGAUUGAUUAAUUAGGAACAGUGAUGUGGUUGAUCGGAGGUUGGCAUUCUUUUUCUAUGGGAGCCGGAGAAGAAAAGUGAAAAGAUGAACUAUAGCGUUACUUUGUCGUGUUUGUUUAGAUACUGUUGAACGCGUUUCAUUCCAACCUCUUGUAAAUUAUUUGCACAUUCUUCCUUA